AUGGUGCGAGCAUACCUUUCCACCUUUAACGAGCUCGGCAUCGAGACAUGGCUAGCACACGACUCCCUGCUUGGUUGGUGGUUGAGUGGACAAGUUCUACCUGGGGACCGAGACGUCCGCAUGCAAGUAUCGGAGCCCGGCAUCUUCGAUCUUGCUGCGUACUACAACAUGACCACCUUUUCAAUCCGGGUGCCCGGUCAGCCAAAAUCGGUUCGCCGCAAGUACCAACUCGAACUCAGUCGGUUUGCAAAGGCCCGCGAGCAAUCAGACCCGGCUGGCUCGGCCGAUGGGAGGUGGAUUGAUACCGACACCGGCUUGUACAUCGACAUGUAUGCGGUCCGGUAUAACCUGACACACCCAGGAGGCAGGGGCAUGAUGAGUUGCAAAGAUGGGGGGGAGUUCAGGGACAAGGACCUUUUUCCGCUGCAGAAGACCAGUUUUGAGGGUGUCCCCGCGAAGAUUCCACACCAAACUAGGGAGCUUUUGGUUGCUGAGUAUGGGGCGCGGGCGUUGAAAGCGGGGGGUCGGAAUGGGUGA